UUUGUAUGCAUGAUGUUUGUACGCAUCAGAGGUUUGUCCAUGCAAAAUACUGGUGAUUUGGCCCUCUGUAGUUUCGGUGCAAUACUUCCAGUAGCCUGUAGAUGUCGCCUUCAAGAUAUGAGAUGACGUGGUAGUGUGUAGUUCAUUAGCGAGAGAAGGCUCCUCUCUCCCCGUCGGUGAUUUCUGAUGCGGCAGCUCUCUGAGUACAGUAUGAUUUGACAUGAUCAUUAAUGCGAGUAAGUUGGAGCUUCACCUCAGCUUUGGACGACGGACCACAUCAUCCGUCGGUUAAGGAGUCGAGGGGGCGCAUCCGUAGGUGGGGAGAGGUGAUUGAAUGACGACCUUGUCUUGAAGAUGAAGAAGAGCUUAGACAAUGCCUUCAUCUGUGAAGUGCUCGUCCGACUUCUUCUCUUAGCCAUUUUUAUAGUGACCGAGGCGCUGCCUCCCUUCACACGGCAGAUCCAGCCUGAGGAGCUGUGGCUCUACAAGUUUCACCAUGUGGAGAAGGACCAUGUCCCCACCUCCCUCAUGUUUAGUAUUGCCCUGUUCACGCCCCUGGUGGCCAUAUUCGGGGUUGCGUUCUUGAAGCGGGCAGAGAGGGGCGACACCAGGGAGGCAUCACUAGCUGUGACCCUGACGUUGGUGCUCAAUGGGGUUUUCACCAACGCAGUCAAGUUGACUGUAGGCCGACCACAGCCAGAUUUCUUCUCCUCCCCAUCAGGUCCACAUCCUUUAUCUUUCUUGCUGUUACCGCGGCCUGAUUUCUUCUACCGCUGCUUCCCAGACGGGCAGUACAACGCGGAGCUGAGGUGCAGUGGUGACCCGGAAGUAGUCAUGGAGGGCAGGAAGAGCUUCCCGAGUGGACACUCAUCAUUUGCCUUCGCUGGCCUGGGCUUCACGGCGCUGUACCUGGGCGGUAAGCUGCACUGCUUCAGCCAGGCAGGCAGGGGGCGCUCCUGGAGGCUGUGUGUCUUCCUCUCGCCCCUGCUCUGCGCCGUGCUCAUCGCCGUCUCCAGAACCUGCGACUACAAGCACCACUGGCAAGAUGUGCUGGUGGGCUCUCUCCUGGGCCUGGUCUUCUCCUACCUGUGUUACCGCCAACACUACCCGGCGCUCAGCGACGCGGACUGCCACCGACCGCUCAAGCUCCGAGAAGCCAUCGCAAACAGCAGCAGCAGCGGUGGAGGAGGAGGAGAAUGCGUGCCGGGAAGCAAGCAAGCAAGAGGGGGAUACCUGCUCCCCCUCUGAGGAGGCCUCGUCUGGAACACAUUGCUAUGCAGAAGAUUCCGGAACGCACGCUAUAGGAGAUUCUAGAAACUUUUGGGACCUUCUGGAAUCCUCUAGAGAGAUUCCUGUAUGCCCCCCUCUCCCUUCCUCUCCUCCUGUCCUCACACAUAUCUUCCUUUUUUCCAGCACUUCUCUCAUUCUCAACCUCCUUAAAUAUCGCUCAUCUCUGACGCUCUCUCUACCUCUGUCUUUCUUGGGGUUUUUUCCCUUCCUCCAUCUCUUCCUUGUUCCUUCACCUGUUACUCUUUCAUUCCCUGUUUUCAGAACCCCACUCCCUUUCUUUCCCUGGGCACUCUCUCUAUCUCUCUCUCUCUCUCUCUCUCUCUCUCUCUCUCUCUCUCUCUCUCUCUCUCUACCACAUUGUAUAUCUGCAUUAGGGAUGUCAACAAUUAACCGAUUGAUCGUCCUUAGUCGAUUAAGAUGUUAAUAGACUUUUUAAAAAAUGAAUGGCAAUUAAUGGCCAACUCUACUGUCAAGAGAACCAGGUGAAGUGGGCAUGACCAAGUGUGUGUGAAGAGGACUGUGAAGAGUGGGAACAUUUCAUCACCUUUGUGGAUGAGACAAUAUAAAUAGAAAAUAAUUUAAAUUCAGCAUUUAUUUAAGAUAAAUUGUAAAUUUAAUCGUUUAAUCGUGAAUCGUUCAUUUAAUCUCUAGCAUUGCGAUUGGGGGGGGGGGCUGCUUAUCGAUUAAUCAGAAAUUGAUUGAUAAGGUCAAUCAACUAACAAUUAGUGAAUUAAUCGAUAAUUAGCAUCCAUAAUCUGAAUCUUUUUCUUGCCACUCAUCCCGCCCUGCCUUCCUCCGUAUACAAGGCUGGGUUUAAAUGAAAAUCACUGACAUUGAGUGCAGCGCCAGCCUUGUAGUUGUGCACCACAUUUCAACUGCGAGAGAGCGUUGGUGACCGUUCAAAUGUAGCACCACAGAAUGUCGACGUCAUACUAGCUCAUCAACACUCCUUUCUGCGUCGAGAGCAAUCCGAGAAAGCGAGCGAAAGAAAGGAAUGAAAAGAGAAGACACUAGAGAGCAGAGAUAAGGAGAGAGAGAGGGGGGGAGCGGGCAGACUUUGGAGCCAGCGCUGAUUCAGUAGCACAGUCUGAAGGUGGUGGGCCAGGACGUUCUGUUUUGCACAUUAUCUGUUUCUCCCAGUGACCUUCCUGAAGACAGCCAUUAUGAGUUCACCUUCAGACCCCCCCCACCACCACCACCACUCCUGGCCUUGCUAAGAUGAGUAACGCCAAUUUGCACCGCCGGUGUAUCCAAUUAUUAAUUUCACUUAGAACUAGUUAUCAGAUCCCCUUUUGUGAAAUCUGCAAAUGAAGGGCGUUACUUGGUUUAAGUAGGUUAGGACACUUGACGUUGAGAAAUACCCAUCCUGCCCUCUCACCAAUCCACCCACGCUCUCCUCCUUCCAUUACGUCUGUAGAUGCUGCCUGUUCUUAUACUGUAGGGCCAGUAGGGGGCACUGCUACCAGGCUCAGGGUCUGGGGCAGUAGGCCUCCCUCUGAACUUCCAUAAGCCACUUUUGACCAAGUUUGUGUUAUGUUAAACAUUCAAUGACGUGAAGCCAGUAUGUGAGCCACAGUAUCCCCUGCUGUGGCAGACCAACCGUUGAACAGGGUUGUGCAAUGUUGUGAUUGCUUUCCU